AUGGCCCUGAAUGUGAUACGAAGCACUGCUACAAGUAGUUGGAGAGCACAGUCUAGCCAAGCCACUGCAGCAGCAUCAAAAAGCAAAUCUGCAGCUGGAUUUAGCUUUGAACUGACUGAAGAACAGAAAGAAUUUCAGGCCACAGCCCGUAAAUUUGCUAGAGAGGAAAUCUUGCCUGUUGCUGCUCAUUAUGACAGAACUGGAGAGUAUCCUGUUCCCCUCAUAAAAAGGGCAUGGGAGCUUGGCUUAAUAAAUUCCCAUAUACCAGAGAGCUGUGGUGGCCUUGGCCUUGGCAUCUUUGAUGCCUGCCUUAUUACUGAAGAAUUAGCUUAUGGGUGCACGGGGGUUCAAACUGCUAUCGAAGCAAAUUCCCUGGGUCAAAUGCCAGUCAUCAUUGCAGGAAAUGAGCAACAGCAGAAGAAAUAUCUGGGGAGAAUGACUGAGGAGCCCAUGAUGUGUGCCUACUGUGUAACUGAACCUGGAGCUGGCUCUGAUGUAGCAGGUUUGAAAACAAAAGCUGAAAAGAAGGGAGAUGAAUAUAUAAUUAAUGGCCAAAAAAUGUGGAUCACCAAUGGUGGCAAAGCUAACUGGUACUUUUUAUUAGCUCGUACCAAUCCUGAUCCUAAGGCUCCUGCAAACAAGGCUUUUACUGGAUUUAUUGUGGAAGCAGACAGCCCAGGAGUACAAAUUGGAAGAAAGGAGCUUAAUAUGGGUCAACGGUGCUCAGAUACAAGAGGGAUUGUUUUUGAGGAUGUGAGAGUGCCUAAAGAGAAUAUACUAAUGGGGGAAGGAACUGGCUUCAAAAUUGCCAUGGGAGCAUUUGAUAAAACCAGGCCUCCGGUAGCAGCUGGUGCUGUGGGACUAGCACAGAGAGCUUUGGAUGAAGCUACAAAAUAUGCUAUGGAACGAAAAACCUUUGGAAAGUUAAUCGCAGAGCACCAAGCAGUGUCCUUCAUGCUGGCUGAAAUGGCAAUGAAAGUGGAGCUUGCUCGCCUGGCUUACCAAAGGGCUGCAUGGGAGGUAGAUGCUGGCCGUAGAAAUACCUAUUAUGCAUCUAUAGCAAAGGGAUAUUCUGGAGAUAUUGCAAAUCAAGUUGCUUCUGAUGCUGUCCAGAUCUUUGGAGGAAAUGGAUUCAAUAGUGAAUAUCCAGUAGAAAAGCUGAUGAGAGAUGCCAAAAUAUAUCAGAUAUAUGAAGGAACCGCUCAGAUUCAAAGGCUGAUUAUAGCUCGUGAACAUAUUGGCAAGUUUAAAGAAUAAAAUAAUACUGAAAUGGUAUCAGCAUCAGUGAAAUAUCAAAGGACUUUGGUCCCUGGCAUGCAUUAAUCCAAAUCCAUAAGUGAUUGUAUCUUUUUAGCUAUGCCACUUUUGAUAUUGAAAGAGGAAAAUAUGUAGAAGACUGCAAAAAGACAGCAAGUCCUUAGAAGCAGGAGAGUCCCCUCCCCCCAACUGCACAUCUAUUUAUAUAUCUUCAACAUAUGAAAUAAAAGUGGACAUUUAAUUCUUGGAACUUGAAGAUAUCCUGAAAUACAGAAUCAGUAGAUAAAAUCUAUGCCUUAAUUUCUGCCAAAGGGUUAACUCUGUCCUCCAAAGUUUUUGUUUUUUUCCUCCUUGGCAAACAAUUUACAAUUGCCUGGGUUUUCAGAAUUUGAACAUUCAUAUGUAUAGGAUUAAGAGUGAUGUCAGUGUAAGUAAUUUAGGGUCCCAGCUCCACCACCUGGAAACCAUAUAAUUUGAAACAUUUCUACUAAGUCAGUCUUUUUUGUAGAACAGGAGAAUUUUGCACCACUAUAUCACAUUGUUGUCACUGAUUCUUGUCAGUGUAUGACAGUACAAAUUUGUGCUAAUAAUAUGCCUAAUUUUAGCAUACUCAGUAUUAUGUUUCAUACAAGAUGA